GUUCAGCAGCCAGACGAGCGGUGCAAGUGUGGAACGAUAGCAGAGGGCAACAUUUCUUUCAUUUUCUACACCAAUGUGCAAGUUGCAAAAGUUUUGUGUCAAUGCCAAAAAUUACUAGAACGGAUUCCAAACACAAAUUGUUCAAACAAUCAAGCCUAGGCAAAAGUCUAUCGUCCCGCAAAGGAUCUCGAACGGGCAAUUCGGCCAACAACAAGGAACUCAAAGUGCUCACCCUGCUGCAGUCUGUGCCGUGAAUUAGCAAACCAACACCCAAACACUCAGCU